UAAAUGGGCUCACUUAGUUGAGUCGGGUCGUAAUUCGUAAAUUAUGUUUAAAAAAAGUAAAAAAUUGAAGGAAUGUACUACUCUAAUGAUUGAGCAGGAUGCGUGAGUGAUCUGCCAAAAGCGCUGAUGAUGGAAGAUUUCCAUGAAGAAGAAGAAGAAGAAAGAAUCGAAUCUGAUUACGCAUGCAGUCUCGAUUAAUGGGGAUCAUAGGUUUCACUGGGGACAAUCUGAAGGGAUUCAUAUUGGCUCUGCUUUCAAGUGCGUUCAUUGGUGCAAGCUUUAUCAUUAAGAAGAAAGGCCUCAGAAGAGCUGCUGCUGCCUCUGGUGUUAGGGCUGGUCUUGGGGGGUAUGCAUAUCUCAUGGAGCCUCUGUGGUGGCUCGGAAUGAUCACCAUGAUAAUUGGAGAAAUUGCAAACUUUGUGGCAUAUGCAUUUGCCCCUGCAGUGCUUGUGACUCCUCUUGGUGCGUUGAGUAUCAUCGUGAGUGCUGUAUUAGCCUACUUCAUCUUAAAUGAGAAGCUACAUCAACUAGGGAUAUUGGGCUGUGUGAUGUGCGUCGUUGGUUCUAUCGUUAUUGUUAUCAAUGCGCCACAAGAGCAACCGAUUUCUUCUGUCCAGGAAAUAUGGAGUAUGGCAACGGAGCCAGCCUUUCUUCUCUAUGUGGGAUCAGUUAUCAUUUUGGUAUUCAUUCUUGUUUUCUAUUUUGCCCCCCAAUGUGGACACAACAACGUACUUGUUUUCACCGGCAUUUGCUCACUGAUGGGUUCUCUCUCGGUUAUGGGUGUUAAAGCCCUUGGAAUUUCUCUAAAACUGACUUUUGAGGGGAAUAACCAGCUACUCUACCCAGAAACCUGGUUUUUUAUGUUUGUUGUGGCCAUUUGUGUCAUAAUGCAAAUGAAUUACCUAAACAAGGCUCUUGACACCUUCAACACUGCUGUUGUUUCUCCUAUAUACUAUGUCCUGUUUACAUCACUUACAAUCCUAGCCAGCGUCAUCAUGUUCAAGGACUGGGAAGGGCAAGGUGCUGGGAGCAUUGCAUCAGUACUUUGCGCGUUUAUGGUUGUGAUUGCAGGGACCGUCUUGUUACACAUGACCAAGGAUUUUGAGAGAAGUUCGUCUUCUAGAGGUAAUCACAACCCGUUAUCCCCAACAAUGUCAACCCGGCUAUGCAGUGGAAAUGGGGACUCGUUGCCCCGACUAGGCAGUGGGAACGGGGACUCAUUACAACUCCACGAGCAAGACGAGCCCUGAGCAGUUGAACUUUGUUGGAACAUCUUUGGAGCUCUACUCAGAAUACCAGCAGACUCUUGGUUCCCUACUGUAUUUCCAUCAAAGUAGAGCGUCAAGAAUCAAACUGAAUUCACUUGAAUAUAAAUCUUUGAUUCAUUAUAUCUUGACAGUGAGUUUGAUGAGGUAAUGAUGAUCUUGCGAUCAGAAUCUCGACGCCAACCAAUAUAUUAGGAGUAGGAGAUGCCAACACAGAUUUGGCUGUCAUUCAUUUUCAUUUUUUGUAAGAUGCGAAUGAUUGUGUUCCUUGAUGUUGGAGUGGAACGCAAAUUAGUUUUGUUUCAGUGAUAUAUCUAUGUUGAUGCAAGAAUUGAAUUACAUGGCAAAGUAGUGUAAAAUCUCAUUUUCUUAUUAACUUGCCAAGAAAAAAGAAUGAAAUACAAUACAAAAUCGAAUAUUUACAUGUACAUGUCAAAACGAAUUCAUCUCCAAAACAUAGCAUUUCUUGGCAACCAUCAGUUUCCUAACUGCCUCACCCAUCACCUUCCCCUCACCUUCCUCCCCACCAAAAGCGUCCGCCACCAUCUCCGCGUCGCUCCGGCUCCCCUCGUCCUCCGCCCCACCACCACCGGCAGGCCUUAUAACGACGAGCGUCGCCCCCUCCAUGACCUUGGCGGAGCCGGGCACCUCCAGCUGAUCCAAAUACCACAUCUUCAUCCUCAACGCCGGCACUCGACUCCUACUCUCCGCCAUUUCAUGUCCUUUUCCCUUACUAGAUUGGCGUAUUUCCUCAAUCUGCUCCUUGUUCAUACACAAUCUCCCCUGAUCGCUCUCAUCCGAGACCACCACAUUCUCGAUCAUCUUCAACCCCUUCACCGUCUCCUGCAUCAGGUAAUGCCUCGCCGACGCAGCGAUCAAGCAGGAUAUCGUCCACACGAUCCGCAGCUUCAGCUCGUCGUCCGGCAUCACCCGCGACGCAUCUUCCUUGGAUUCAUCCGCAUCCUUCUCCGCCCACGCUUUUGCCCCUAAAAUCACGCAGCUGUGCAGCUCUCGCCCGAAUUCAGCUCUCCAUUUCAACAAAGUCGUGGAAUUCUUGCCAUUUUUGGACGGACUCUGCUUCUGAUUUCCAUGGCAGGGCAGCCGGAGAUGGAGACCGCGGAUUCCUUGGAAAUUCUUCAAUAUCUCGUUGGGGACGUAGUAGGAGUAGAAAUCUAGGUCAUUCUCCUCGGUCUUAGGCUUCAAUUUGACCAUCUGCGAAAUCAAAUGGAAGGGCUUCAUCAACGCUCUGAUCACCAGAUUUUUGAACGAAUUCUUCUGAUCGAAUUCCUUGACGGCGGACUUCUUCUGAGGGAUCGGGAGGAAGAUCCGAUCGACCUGUGGGGCGAUGGAUCGGAACCGCUUGCACGCGGACAUGGAUAGACAGAGCGAUUUCGCGUCUUGCAAUUUGCCGAAAAUCGACAGCACGACGUCGUCCGGCAAGCGAUCGAAGAAAUCGUCGGAAUGAAAAGCUGCUUCGGAGCUCGAAUCCAUCUUCGAUUUAGGAUUUGGGGGCUGUAAAAGUGGAGUCGUUGGAAUUGAAGAAUGUGCGUC